CGAGAAGGGAGAAAAAAGAGAACAGAAAAACCAGCGGCCGAGGAGGCAGCGAGGGAGAAAUGCUUCGACCACAUCUUCCCAAGUGGCCGCGUUAUGUUGUCACUAUAGCACUCAUUUUCGCGCUCCUUGUCGUCGCUGAUUGCUCUCCCAAUCCCCAGGUCCAAUGCAGCAAAACCUGUGUCGCCGAAAACUGUAAUUCUGUUGGGAUUCGUUACGGGAAAUAUUGUGGAGUAGGAUGGAGUGGUUGUCCCGGAGAAAAGCCAUGUGAUGACCUCGAUGCCUGUUGUAAGAUUCACGAUGAAUGCGUCGAGAAAAAAGGCAUGAUGAGUGUGAAGUGCCAUGAGAAGUUCAAGAGUUGCAUUAAGAAGGUACAGAAAUCUGGAAAGAUAGGUUUCUCACGUGAUUGCCCUGUUGGCGUAGCUGUCCCUACAAUGAUCCAAGGAAUGGAUAUGGCAAUAUUAUUCAGCCAGUUCGGUAAUUCAAAGCUUGAACUCUGACUUGGUAAAACAGUUCUGGAAAGUGAUAUUCCUUCAUAGUCCUAAAUUGCAUCCUAUGAAUCAGAGAUAGGAGGAAAAGAGAGAUUCAGUUGUUACUGUUUCUAUUGAUUUAUAAUGACAGUGACAAUGAUGAUGAUUGCAUGGUGAACAACAGUCCAUUACGAUUAUUGUAGUUGCGGCAUAUAAGUACUCUGAGGAUUUUUUAUGUGGAGCUUUUCAUAAGUCACCAUUUUUUCAUUUAUUUA